AUGUUCAAUAACAGGCACUGGGUAUUCCAACAAGAUUCGGCGCCAGCUCAUGGAGCGAAGAGCACACAAGACUGGCUGGCGGCGCGUGAAAUCGACUUCAUCCGGCACGAAAACUGGCCCUCCUCCAGUCCAGAAUUGAAUCCGCACUGGGUAUUCCAACAAGAUUCGGCGCCAGCUCAUGGAGCGAAGAGCACACAAGACUGGCUGGCGGCGCGUGAAAUCGACUUCAUCCGGCACGAAAACUGGCCCUCCUCCAGUCCAGAAUUGAAUCCGUUAGAUUACAAGAUAUGGCAACACUUGGAGGAAAAGGCGUGCUCAAAGCCUCAUCCCAAUUUGGAGUCACUCAAGACAUCCUUGAUUAAGGCAGCCGCCGAUAUUGACAUGGACCUCGUCUUCGCAUGUUUGGCAUUAGACUUCCUUUUAGUAGGACUAGGAAUGUCUAUAAGCUUUGUCACCGUGGUCCUACCAGAAGUGAUGGAUGCCAAAGAGGGGCUUUCCAUCAACAAGGAGCAAGCGUCGUGGUUUGCUAGUAUGGCAUUUCUCUGUCAACCUAUUGGCAGCAUAUUUUCGGGCCCGUUAUUAGAUUACUUCGGGCGAAGGAAGGCUCUGUUCCUAGUGAACAUACCGCACGUUAUCGCAUGGCUACUGAUGUACUACGCAUGGAACGUGCAAUCGCUGUUCAUAGGCAAUGCGCUUUUGGGUAUUGGCAUAGGAAUAAUGGAAUCACCUUCUGUUACAUACAUCGGAGAAGUAACAGAUCCUUCCCUUCGUGGGUUCUUGACUACCCUGACGAAUGGUUUUACAUCUGCGGGCAUGUUUGUUGUGUACUUGCUUGGCACGGUACUUCCAUGGAGACAAGCAGCACUUGUGUCCCUUAGUGUACCUCUAGCAACUAUGGCGUUGGUACUUUUGGUUCCUGAAACUCCGAUCUGGUUGCUAUCCAAAGGUCUCCAAGAAGAAGCGUUAAGGUCGCUAUGUCGACUCAGGGGAUGGACUAAGCCAGAACAUGUUAAGGAGGAGUUCGAGCAACUGCUUCAAUAUCACGAUGUUAUUAAGCAAUGUGUUAUCUGUGCAAAAGAAGGCAGAAGUGAAACAGACCAUUGCAAACAUUCAAAUUAUAACAUCAUUAAGAGGAUUAUAUUUAAGAUCAAACAUAUAUUACUUGUAAAGGAGACAUUGAGGCCAUUCGCACUGGUUAUGGCCUACUUUUUCUUCCAUACUUUUAGUGGUUUACAUCCUGUUCGACCGAAUAUGGUCAACUUCUGUAAAGCGUUGGGGAUGAAGUAUGAUUCUAAAACCAUUGUGGUAGUCGUGGGAGCUGUAUUCAUAGUUAUGAAUAUAACCGCAGCUAUAAUAGUAAAAAUGACGGGGAAAAGAAAACUGGUCAUUGGUUCCCUUUUAGCAACAGCUUUUUGCAGCCUUGGUAUUAGCGUCUACGCAAGCAGCAAAAUACCUGCAUCCGUCUUCUCUUACGAAGCUGACACGUUUCCCGAAGCGAAAGAGACUUUACCAAUUAUACUUUUUAUGGCAUUGGUGUGCUUUACGAGCUUAGGAAUCCCAUGGGCUUUAGUAACCGAAGUUUUUCCUUUUAGGAGUCGAGGUACUGCAACAGGACUCGCUGCAGCUUUAAAUUACUUCAUAUUUUUCUUAGCAACAAAGACGAAUUAUAAUUUAGAAGCAACUAUCCACAUAAGCGGUACAUUUGCAAUCUACUCAGCUCUUACGUUCAUUGGAACUGUGUACAUGUAUUUUUUCUUGCCAGAAACUGAAAAGAAGACUUUAGCCCAAAUUGAAGAUUACUAUAAAGGAAAUAGAAAAAUAUUUGCUGAUGAUUUUCUUAUCAAUGCUUUCAGAAAAGAAAAAGGUGUCAAUCUAGAGGCAAAUAAACCUAUGCUAGUUAGUUAG